CCGGAGAGCGCCGGAGGCGGCGGCGGCACCAUGACCCUGGGCAGCUGCUGUUGCGAGAUCAUGUCCUCCGAGAGCUCCCCGGCCGCGCUGUCCGAGCCCGACGCAGACAUAGACGUGGUGGGCGGCGGCAGCGGUGGGGGGGAGCUCAUAGCCCGUUCCGGGCCCCGCGCCCCCCGGGACGUGCUCCCGCACGGCCACGAGCCUCCUCAGGAGGAAGCCGAGGCGGACGUAGCUGAAGACGAGGAGGAGUCGGGAGGUUGCUCGGACUGCGAGCCCCGCGCUCUAGCGCCCCGGGGGGCGGCGGCCGCAGCGGGAAGCCCGGGCCCCGGCGUGCAGGCAGCCCGGGGUGCAGCGGGGCCGGGGCCAGGGCCGGGGCCGCCGUCGGGGAGCACGGCGACGCGGAGCCCACUGGUGAAACCACCCUAUUCGUACAUCGCGCUCAUCACCAUGGCCAUCCUGCAGAGCCCAAAGAAGCGCCUGACUCUGAGCGAGAUCUGCGAGUUCAUCAGUGGCCGCUUCCCUUACUACCGGGAGAAGUUCCCCGCCUGGCAGAACAGCAUCCGCCACAACCUCUCCCUCAACGACUGCUUCGUUAAGAUUCCCCGCGAGCCGGGCAACCCGGGCAAGGGCAACUACUGGACGCUCGACCCGGAGUCGGCCGACAUGUUCGACAACGGCAGCUUCCUGAGGCGCCGUAAGCGCUUCAAGCGGCAGCCACUGCCGCCGCCGCACCCACACCCGCAUCCUCACCCGGAGCUGCUACUGCGUGGCGGGGCUGCCGCGGCCGGGGACCCUGCCGCCUUCCUCUCCGGCUUCGCCGCUUACGGCGCCUACGGCUACGGCUACGGGCUGGCACUCCCGGCCUACGGCGCACCUCCACCGGGCCCGGCCCCUCACCCGCAUCCACACCCGCACGCCUUCGCCUUUGCUGCCACCGCGCCUUGCCAGCUGUCAGUUCCCCCGGGUCGCGCGGCCCCGCCUCCACCCGGACCUCCGACGGCUUCGGUGUUCGCCAGCGCGGCCUCUGCUCCGGCCCCUGCGCCUGCCCCAGGAUCUGGCCCGGGCCCCGCAGGGCUGCCUGCCUUCCUAGGCGCGGAGCUGGGCUGCGCCAAGGCUUUCUACCCCGCGUCUCUGAGUCCUCCCGCAGCUGGCACAGCGGCCAGCCUGUCCACUACACUCCUGCGCCAGGGCCUCAAGACGGACGCCGGCGGUGGUGCGGGUGGCGGGGGCGCAGGGGCAGGCCAGAGGCCUUCUUUCUCUAUAGACCACAUCAUGGGCCACGGUGGUGGCGGGACCGCACCCCCGGGCAGCGGCGACGGCUCCCCGGCAUCACCAUUCGCGGCAGGCGCGGGUCCUGGGGGUCAAGCCCAAGUCUUAGCCAUGCUGACUGCCCCGGCCCUGACUCCCGUGGCGGGCCAUAUCCGCCUCUCGCACCCGGGGGACGCACUCCUGUCUUCAGGGCCCUCGUUUGCCAGCAAAGUCGCUGGCCUCAGUGGCUGCCACUUUUGACCACAGCGGGCUCAGGGCCAGUUAGGCCCUCACUCCUAAACCUCUCUGGGGAGCUCGGCCAGUCCCAGCGGAAUUCAGGGAGUCUAUUUAUGAAGAUUCUCCAGACCUAGGCCGGGCGCGCGUGACCAGGCACUUCAAGCUGAACGCUCAGAAUGUCGCCGACAGUUGGGACGAUGCGGGGGCUCCGCGGCUGUGGUCGAGUCCCGAGUCUAAGCAAUAGGUUCAGGGCAGAGAUCCGUUUUCUGUAUGAUCAGCAAAAGAAGAGGGCAGGAACCUUCGCUUUUUCUGGCCUCUGUGUACCUCCUACAGAGAAGAAUGCUUUGGCAGAAAGACGCCUGUCGGUUGGUGGAUCCCGCUAGAAACACCUAUGGCUUGGAAAAAAA